GCUACUCAGGGAGCGCAAGUCCUCGUCCAAGGAAGGAAAAGUGGGAGGGGAGGUAAACCCAAAGAGAGAAAGAGAAAGAAAGAGAGAGAGAGAGAGAGAGGGAGGGAGAGAGAGAGAUUAGAAUUUCCCCCAAGACUCUUUCGUCUCUCUCUCUGUGUGUGUGCUUUUCCCAACUGGACAAGUUGACUUGCUGGUGCUGCUGUUUCUUGUCUGGUUUUGUGACAGCUGCUUUGCAAAAAUCCAGGAGGCCCCCCGAGGAAGCCGAGCUAGUGAAGAAAUCACCCUUGGGGCAGAAACGGAUUUUUCACCCUUUGCACUCUGGGCAAUUUUGCUGCUAACUCAGCUGAUCCCUUAUUUUUUCCUCUCCAACCUUUGUCUCCUUCUGUCUCUCUCCUUCGUUUCCUAGUCUUACGUUUUGCAGGAUUGCACCCUGCCUCAAAGCCAGUUGGGCAUUUGUUCCUCCAGUGACUCUCCAUCUCUCUCUCUCUCUCUCUCUCUCUCUCUCUCUCUGUGUCUCUCUCAACUUGUCUUCUGCUCCUUCUCCAGCUUCUAGCAUCUAUGCCACUUCCUCUUCAGCAGCAAUCCUGCGCUAGCUGGUUGGCAGCUCUCUUUUCGCUCUUUCCCUUGCUGCUGUUUCAAAAUGCCUGGGCAUUAUCUCUCCAGAAUAGCGACGUCGGUGGUGGCAGCAGCAGCGGCGUUCAAGAGGUGGUGCCGGUCUGGAGAGCUAUGCCUCCGGGCAAGGACCGACAGGUUUCCUUCUCCAUCACCGCCUUUGGGAAAGUGCUCCUGCUGCAGCUGGAACCCGAUGCCAGCUUCUUGGCUCCUGGGCUGAAGAUUCAACAUGUUGGUAGAAAGGAACCUGUUGGGUUCUUGGCUGAGGAAGAGGAGGAGGAGGAGGAGGAUGUGAAGCUCAGAAAAUGCUUCUACUCAGGGACUGUCAACUCACAACCAGACUCCCUAGUGGCUGUCAGCUUGUGUGAGGGCAUCCAUGGCUCCUUCUUUGUGGAUGGAGACAAGUACGUCAUCCAGCCCCAAAGCCGUAGACGUGGGGAACCCCUAAUGCAGGUUCAUCAGCUCCAGAAGAGAAGCUGGUCGAAAGAAGCUGCCAAGGACAGGCGUGGAGGGGAAGCCCAGCUGGUACCCAACAGCACCACCACCUCCAACAGAGCGAAGAGGUUCACCUCCCAGGCUCGUUACGUGGAGACCCUCCUGGUGGCCGAUACCUCCAUGGUCCAAUUCUAUGGGCAAGAUCUGACGAAUCAUAUCCUCACCUUAAUGUCUGUGGCUGCUCAAAUCUACAAGCACCCCAGCCUGAAGAAUUCUAUCAACCUGGUGGUGGUGAAGGUGUUGGUAGUGGAAGAUGAAAACGCUGGACCAGAAGUAUCUGACAAUGGCGGACUGAUGCUGAGGAAUUUCUGUAAUUGGCAACAGUUCUUCAACCCUCCAAGUGACCGUCACCCAGAACACUAUGAUACUGCAAUCCUGCUGACAAGACAGGAUUUCUGUGGACACCAAACCUGCAGAACCCUGGGAGUGGCUGAGACUGGAACCAUGUGUGACCCAAACAAAAGCUGCUCUGUGAUAGAAGAUGAGGGUCUCCAAGCAGCUUACACCUUGGCCCAUGAACUAGGGCACGUGCUCAGCAUGCCUCACGAUGACUCCAAGAGCUGUGAAAGGCUCUUCGGGACGUUAGGAAAACAUCACAUGAUGGCUCCACUGUUUAUUCAUCUAAACAAGACCCUCCCUUGGUCCCCCUGCAGUGCCAUGUAUAUCACAGAAUUCCUGGAUGGAGGACACGGUAACUGUCUGCUUGAUGAACCAGCCCAACCUAUUGCCCUCCCAACUGACCUUCCGGGCCAAAUACCAUUGUAUAACCUAGACCAGCAGUGUCAGCAAGUAUUUGGCAAAGAGUUCCAACACUGCCCAAAUGCCACACAGGAAGACCUCUGCUCCCAGCUUUGGUGCAAGUUGGAAACUGGAGAGCAACUCUGCCACACCAAAAAUGGAAGCUUGCCCUGGGCGGAUGGGACACCCUGUGGGCCAGGGAAAAUGUGUUUGGAGAGCCGCUGCGUAGCACAGGAUACGGUGAUGCCCAAGCUUGCUGUGGAUGGAAAUUGGGGUCCCUGGAGCGCGUGGGGGCCGUGUUCCAGGACAUGCGGUGGAGGGGUGCAUUUCUCUUACAGAGACUGUGACGACCCAGUGCCCAAAAAUGGGGGCAAAUACUGUGAGGGGCAAAGAGUGCAAUACGAGUCUUGCAACGUUGAGGAAUGCUCCCCAACUGGCAAAAGCUUUCGAGAGCAGCAAUGUGAGAAAUACGACAGGUACAACUUCACCGACUUGAAUGGGAAUUUGCUAGAAUGGGUCCCCAUGUAUGCUGGAGUGUCUCCUCGAGAUCGUUGCAAGUUAGUCUGCCGGGCUAAAAGAGGGAACGAGUUCAAAGUCUUUGAGACCAAAGUGGUUGAUGGGACGACCUGUGCACCUGAUACACUCUCUGUCUGUGUGCAUGGACAAUGCAUCAAGGCUGGUUGUGAUCAUAUUAUUGGGUCUUCCAAGAAACUGGACAAAUGUGGAGUUUGUGGUGGGGACUGCUCAACUUGUAGAAAAAUAUCCGGCUCACUCAACAAAUCCAAGUUCGGCUACAACGACGUUGUCACCAUUCCAGCCGGGGCGACCAACAUUGAUAUCAAGCAGCACAGCCGACGAGGUGUAAGGCAUGAUGGAAAUUAUUUAGCUCUGCGGACCCUGGAUGGCAAAUAUCUGCUGAACGGAAACUUCACCAUCUCAGCUAUGGAACAAGACAUUUUUGUAAAGGGGACUGUCCUGAGGUACAGCGGCUCCCUGACCACCCUGGAGCGCCUCCAGAGUUACCAGCAGCUCCCCGAAUCCAUCGUCGUCCAAGUGUUGACCGUUUCCAGCGAGAUGUUCCUCCCUAAGGCAUUCCCCCCGCCCAAGGUGAAAUAUACCUUUUUUAUCCCCAAGGACCUCCAAUUCAGCAAGCAGAAGAUCAAGGAGAAAAGCCUGGCUAACAUGAUCAAGCCCUUGUUGACCUCACAAUGGGUUCUGGGAGACUGGUCGGAGUGCUCCAAAUCCUGUAGCUCGGGUUGGCAAAGGCGAACAGUGGAAUGUCUGGAUGUGGAAGGGCAGCCUUCAUCCACCUGCGACAAGGCCCUCAAGCCCGAGGACAUCAAGCCGUGCGGCGGUCUUCCUUGCCCAAUCUGGCAGAUGGGACCGUGGUCCCCCUGUUCCCAAACAUGUGGAGAAGGAAUGCGGACACGGAGCGCCUUGUGCAUUGACUACCUAGGCAAGCCGGUUGGCUUUGAGAAAUGCAAUUCGUCGCAGCCCCCAGCAGCCACUACUGUCUGUGCCCUCCAGCAGUGCUGAAGUGAACUGGAGGCUGGCAUGCGAUCUACCAAGCCUCUGUAACCUAGUCUAACUACUAACCUAACUCAAACUAGGCUUGGCGUGUCCAAGCAAGGAAGUAGUUUUAAGGCCAAUGGGCACUAACUGACUUGAAGAGGUCUUAUUUCAUAUCCCCGUUUGAAAUGGCAUGGGUUACCACCAUUAACCCACCCCACCUUACCCCCAUCUCUUUCUCUCUUUCUCUGUUGUGCUUUGUUUUCCUCCAAAUUGACAUCUACCUCAGUGGGUGGGGGGGAAAAUAGAAUUUUUGAUAAAUCAAUUGACGUUUUGGAGAAAAAAAUAAUGUCUGCAGGUCAAUACUUGGUAACUAAGGGAAGUUCGCGUCCUAAGUCGUCCCGGCUUUCACCCAACAAGACGUUGGAAGAUGUGGGUUGGAUGUGGGUUGGAUCUUAGAGACGUUAUUAAAGAUGCUGUUGUGCUUGCGAUGUGGAGUUAAUCCCCCAUGAACCCAGUUGUGUGCAUCCUUCAGUUAGCAAAACAGCUUCAAGUCUUUGGCGACGGGCAGGCGUACAAAAUUCUGUCUUUGAUAUUGGCAGCCGGUCAGUCAGUCCUUGGUUUACUGGACGCAAAUGAAGAUCGGGGUUCAUAGUUUGGACAAAUCGGUCCCAGGGAGUUUGAUUGGGAUGAUAAGCAGGCUUAUGCAAUGUUUCUUCAAAUACAGGUAGUCCUCAGCUUACGGCCAGGAUUGAGCCCAAAAUUCCUGCGUGAGACAUUUGUUAAGUGAGUUUUGUUCCAUUUUACAAUCUUUCUUGCCACCGUUGUUAGGUGAAUCCGGCCUUCCCACGGACUUUGCUUGUCAGAAAGUCAGAAAAGGUGAUCACGUAACCCAGGGAUACUACAAGCGUCAUAAAUACGAGUCAGUUAACCAAGUGUCUGAAGUAGCGUGGCCAUGGGGAGGCUGCAGUGGUUGUAAAUCGCUUUUUUCCAGUGCCGUUGUAACUUUGAAUUGUCGCUAAAUGACCUGUUGUAAGUUGAGGACUAUCUGUAUUAUCAUAAAGAGUUUGAGAACUGCAACGGGUCAUCGGGUGGCUUCCUCUGCAAUUGACCAUGAAAUCUUUUAUCAACGGUUAUCAAUCUUUUUGUAUAUGUCUUCCUGUUAAAUGAGAUGUUAUUCUACAGCAGUAGGUCCAUAUUACCAUUCACUCCUCGUUUUAGUAUUGGGGAUUCAAAAUAAUAGAUGUAAUCCAGGGGUGUCAAACUCAAGGCCUGGGGGGCCGGAGGUGGCCCGCGGGGUUCUUAGAUCUGGCCCGCAGGGCUGCCCUGGAAAUAGCGAAGGACUGGCUGUGGUGCCUCUGCCAGUGAAACGGAGCUCGGAAGGGCCACAGACGGUUGCGAUGUCGCAGCUGAAAACGGAGCUCUGGAGGGCAUUUUUGCUGGCAGAGCACUCGUGCCACCACAGGUGCCCCCAACAUGAGUGACUUUGAGCUGGCCACGCCCACCCCAGCCGCACCCACCCCGGGGCCCCCAAGGUCAAACACAACACUGAUGCGGCCCUCGAUGGAAUUGAGUUUGACACCCCUGAUGUAAUCCACGCUUCCCUUUGGGGUCACAUUUAUCAUUCCCAUUAUUUUGGAAGCUUAGGUAGCAUAUGAAUGCCAGCGCUGGAGGAAAGAUAAGUAAAAAGAUAUGGGUAAGAAUAUGCCUCCAAAUCCAUUCUAAUAUUAGGGGUGAAUGCAUGAUUAAUAUUUCUCCUUCCCUCAAUUUUUUUUUUGGAGGGAGGGCACAAUCUUAGAAUCGCAAAAAAAAAUGCACUAAAGAAGGAUUUUUAUUGUCCUUUCCUAAGAUGAUUUGGUAACGUCAUGAAGAAGUGCCCCUCGCAGGUAAAAAUUCAUCUUUGAAGCUGGAAUUUGCAGAUAAAAACAUGAGGUCGUCAAACAAAUGCUGUGACUAUUAGCCAAGGCACAUUAAUCCAAAUUACUAGGGCACUGUGAGCCACUGCAUAAUGCAAAGAAAAAUAUUUCAGUAGUCUCUUGACUCUUGGCUUAGGUUAAUCAUGGCUUAGCAUUUUCUCAUCCAGAGAAACCCUUCAUUACUUCUAAUCUAUCAUGUGUUUGUUCAGUUUACGCACUUUUCAAAAGGGCUGUUUAGGGGGAAAAACCCAACACCUAUAUAACCUUUUUAUCAGAUUCCUUGUUAUUUGUAAAUAGAUGUUCUGGUUUUAACAUGAUUCAAAUGGAUUUGUCAGUACUGAAAUGUAUAUUUCUAACUUCUCGGGAUUUUUGCCUUUGGUCUAAUUUUCAGACUAAAGCAAAUCAAGGCUCACCUACAAUACAUGAAACAGGACAUUGGUGCUUAAUUAACACAUUACCACUAUUUUACAAUGAGUAGCAAAGUUCUAGCUGCUUUUUUUUUUUCUGUUUUAAGCAUUGUGCUCAAACUGAUGUUAACAACGUCAUACUAAAACAUAUGGUCCAGGGGUGAAAUCCAGCAGGUUCUGACAGAUUCUGGAGAACCGUUAGUGGAAAUUUUGAGUAGUUUGGAGAACCGGCAAAUACCACCUCUGGUUGGCCCCAGAGUGGGGUGGGAAUGGAGAUUUGCAGUAUCCUUCCCCUGGAGUGGGUGGGAAUAUAGAUUUUGCAGUAUCCUUCCCCUGCCAUGUCCACCAAGCCACACCCACUAAGCCACACCACGUCUACAGAACCGGUAGUAAAAAAAACUGGAUUUCACCACUGAUCAGGUCUAUAUACUCUUGAAAGAUGAUGGUGGUCUUUAUUCUCCUAAAUUAGCCUUUAGCAUUUUCUAUAAUCCAUUCUAAAAGUCCUGAAAAAUGAAUUUUCCUUUUUGUCCUUGCAAAGUUCGCUAAGCCUCUUCAUUUGCUGCAUCCUCAACUUUCAUUCUCUCAUUUCUCAACUUUAACCACUUCGGCUUUCAUUCCUCAAUUCUGAUUGGCUGCGCAGCCAAUCUGCGCCAAAGCAUUCUCAUUCUGAUUGGCUACAAAAUCGCUAACGAUUUUGAAAAUAAUCUCGAACGAUUUUGAAACUGUCGAACGAGAUCUUGUUCCCUGCAUGUGCCUCUGUGUGACUUAUUUAGAAAACAGCUCCAUUGUCUCUUAGAUAAACAAGGAAUUCGGCCUUUUUAAGAAGUGUGGUUCUAAAAUAGCAACAGCAACAUAGUUCUUUCUGCUCUUAAAUUAUGCUGGUGUCGUAAGGAAUAGUUAAACGGAAGCCAGAUAUUUUGAUGUUGAAAGCAUGUGUCAUGUGUCAGUUCUAGGACACAACAACAUUCCAGUCAGAGAACAUAGGUUUACAGUGAGCCUUUGUUCCAUAACUACAAAGUGGUAAUAUAAUCAGCUUGAGCCUUUAAUUAUAAUAAUAAUAAUAAUAAUAUUUUUAUUUAUAGACCGCCCUUCUCCUAAAGGACUCAGGGCGGUGUACAGCCACAAAUAAAAUACAGAAAGAAAGCAACAAUACAAAACUAAAAACAACCCUUAAAAAACCUAUUUAAUUUGGCUACUUAUAGAUAAAAAUAUUCCCUCUAAAAUUUACUAAAAAAUUUAAAAACCCAUAAAUCAAUUUAAUAAUAUAAUCCAGCAAGACGAAAUAAGUAGGUUUUAAGUUCGCAGCGGAAGGUCCUAAGAUCAGGUAUUUGUCGGAGUCCAGGGGGAAGCUCGUUCCAUAGGGUAGGAGCCCCCACAGAGAAGGCCUUUCCCCUGGGGGCCGCCAGCCGACAUUGCUUGGCUGACGGCACCCUGAGGAGCCCCUCUCUGUGAGAGCGCACCGGUCGUUGGGAGAUAGAUGUUGGCAGUAGACGGUCCCGUAGGUAUCCCGGUCCUAAGCCAUGGAGCGCUUUAAAGGUAGUAACUAACACCUUGAAGCGCACCCGGAAGACAACAGGCAGCCAGUGCAGUCUGCGCAGGAUAGGUGUUACAUGGGAGCUCCGAACGGCUCCCUCAAUAACCCGCACAGCCGCAUUCUGGACUAGCAUUUGUCCAAAUUAGCAUUUGUCUCUUCUGGACACAACUGAGUUCUACCUGGUGAAAUGCAAAGAUGGUUGCACCAAGUUCUUCCAUUUCUUUUUGCAUGCAAAUGGCCAACAUUUUCUUCUUUAAGACCACGACAGGUAGGGGAGAUUGUUGGAGGUCCUCAACGUAUGACCACAACUGACACCCCCCCACCCUCAGCAUUAUUUUGCUAAGUGAGAAAUUUUGUUUCGCCCCAUUUUACGGCUUUUCUUGCCACGUUUGUUAAGUGAAUCCCUGCAGUUGUGAAAAGUUAGUAACCCCGUUGUUAAGUGAAUCUGGCUUGACGGAAGGUUGCAAAAGGAGAUCCCGUGACCCCAGGGAUACUCAUCGGUCAUAAAUGUGAGUCAGUGGUCAGACAUCCGAAUGUAAAUCAAGCGACCGUAAGGAUGCUACGUCGGUCGUGAAUCUGAAAAAAUGCUCGUAAAUUACUUUUUUUCAGUGCUGUUGUAGCUUUGAACGGUCACUAAACGAACGGUUGUAAGUCGAGGAGUGCCUGUAUAUAGUAAUAGAAUAGUGGGGAGUGGGGACAUGCAGAUUUUGAUUGUCCUACCUAUGUGCAGAAGAAGAUAGGAUGGAAUCACUCUUAAGGGGCCUCUGGUGGCUCAACAGACUAAUGCAGUCUGUUAUUAACAGCAGCUGCUUGCAAUUACUGCAGGUUCAAGUCCCACCAGGCCCAAGGUUGACUCAGCCUUCCAUCCUUUAUAAGGUAGGUAAAAUGAGGACCCAGAUUGUUGGAGGCAAUAAGUUGACUUUGUAUAUAAAAUAUAAAUGGAGGAAGACUAUUGCUUGACAUAGUGUAAGCCGCCCUGAGUCUUCAGAGAAGGGCGGGAUAUAAAUGCAAAUUUAAAAAAAAAGAUUCUGCUGAACUUCUGCCUGCAUUUGAACUCCCAACUCAAGUCUAAGGAGGGACUCUCUGUCUGCCUUUGAUUCAGCCCCUGUACAUCCUCAUUCAUCUCCAGUGACAUCACUAUCCUGUCAUUGUCUUCUCUUUGCUAUCUGCUAUAGAGCAGGCAGAUCUUCUUCCUGGGCUGAACUUCUUCCUUCCCAACUUGGAGUCCAGCCAAAAUCUCGCAGAACUGCCAAGGCAUAUUUCUGAUCCAGACAGUCUGGUCUUAAAGCAGACACCAAAUCGGUGAACUUCUGCCUUUUUAAGCAAGCUGUCUUUGGUUUGCACUGGGAUCUGAUGCUCCCUGAGAGUCAGGUGUAUCUCAGAAUAGAUCUUCUGAAGAUUCCCUGCCUUGAGAUACAUUUGGAGUCAGGGAACAAUUUAUUCAAGAUCUUUCUUUCGCUGCUUUGCUGUGGUUCCUUUGGUUUCCACCCAGCAACUGUUUGUAUCUGACUGUACUGUAUUUUUAAAACAAAACAUUAAUACCAUUGUAUGGUAUUAAUGCAUCUUUUCCUUCCUUCCUUCCUUCCUUCCUUCCUUCCUUCCUUCCUUCCUUCCUUUUUUCUUUCUUCUUUUCUUCUUCUUCUUCCUCCUCUCUCUCUCUCCCUCGUACUCUCUCUCUUUUCUUUCUUGAAAUAACAAUAAUUCCUUGAAGAUUUUAGAAUAUAUUUGUUCCCAUCUUACUGGAAAAUUACCAUUUGAAGCAGAAGACGUUAGCAUUCUCUGAUGAAUAUAUCCACUCUAGAGAAGAUGGUGUCCCUGUCUUUUCAAGCAUCAUGCUGGGCUUCUGCUGACCUGCUAAUGCUAUUUUCCAGUUUUGUGCUUGAUCAGUUCAACAUCAAGAAUUAGACACAUGUCCUACGCAAUUGAUAGUGGAGGGUGAGACUGAAGUGGAUUUCAUUCUGCUAUCUUUAGCAACAGGUUAACAGCAGAGGUGGGCUACAACCGGCUUAACAAAACCGGUUCUGUGAGCGCGCAUGCCCGACGCGCUUGUGCGCAGCGUUCAAAAUACAGCAAUUUGAAGCUCAGCUGCUUACCUUCUAAGGAAACCCCGGUAAGUAGAACAGUGGAGGUGCAGAAAUCAGCUGUGCCGUGUGAAUCAGCUGAGCCAGAAAGAAGGAAAUAUAGGAAAGGAUAGGGCAGGUGAGCAGGGCCAGCUGAUCAUCGGAACUACCAGUUCGCCUGAACCGGUCCGAACCAGCAGCAGCCCACCACUGGUUUAACACUGAUUUAACAGGUUUCUCCUUGACUUUUGCAUUCAAAAUGUGAAUUAUGAACUAGUAAGUGGUAGGAAUCUGGACCAUAAAAGAACCAGAUUGGAGUUUGUUAUUUCCUCUAUUUAAAAAUAUUGCUGCAGUUGAUAUAUCGGGAUUGUAGAGUGGAUUUCCCAGAACCUAGCUUUGAUAUGCUAGCUUAUUACAUACAAAGUUUCUUUACAUGAAGGGGAAAGAAGAUUCAGUUUAUCCCAAAUGUGCGUUUCCAAAAGGCAACUGGACUUUCUUGGUGGUGGUUGUUUUUUUCCUUGAAAACGUUUCGCUUCUCAUCUAAGAAGCAACUUCAAUUCACAACAAAGAAGCGAAACGUUUUCAAGGGGGGAAAAAACUUAAGAAAGUUCAGUUGCUUUUUGCAAAAGCACCUUCGGGACAACCAUGACCUGGAGGGUUAAGAAUCUCCAUAAGACAUCAAGCUUCAGUUUAUUUUUCACAAUGCUCAGCAUAUAUUUUCAAGGCUGCUGGGCAACUUCUCAACAGAAAGUUGAAAGCAAAUGGAAGGCAGCGCUCUGUGACAAAUUUAAUUUCGAAUGUUUGUGCUGAAAAUCAUUAAGUAUCUGGGCAAUUAGCAAGGUGCAAAUUACAGAAUAUUUGGGAAAUGGAAAUACCAUGACGUUGCUUGGAUGUUUCCUUUGGGACUGAUAUUGUGCAAAAGAAGCACUGGAUUUCAAGAAAGGUGGGUCAAAGAUAGAUAGAUAGAUAGAUAGAUAGAUAGAUAGAUAGAUAGAUAGAUAGAUAGAUAGAUAGAUAGAAUUCUUUAUUGGCCAAGUGUGAUUGGACACACAAGGAAUUUAUCUUUGGUGCAUAUGCUCUCAGUGUACAUAAAAGAAAAGAUACGUUCAUCAAGAAUCAUAAGGUAGAACAUUUAAUGAUUGUCAUAGGGUACAAAUAAGCAACCAGGAAACAAUAUCAAUAUAAACCAUAAGGAUAUAAGCAACAAAGUUACAGUCAUACAGUCAUGUGGAAAGAGAUUGGUGAUGGGAACGAUGAGAAGAUUAAUAGUAGUGCAGAUAUAGUAAAUAGUUUGACAGUAUUGAGAAUUAUUUGUUUAGCAGAGUGAUGGCCUUCAGGAAAAAAACUGUUCUUGUGUCUAGUCGUUCUGGUGCGCAGUGCUCUGUAGUGUCAUUUUGAGGGUAGGAGUUGAAACAGUUUAUGUCCAGGAUGCGAGGGGUCUGUAAAUAUUUUCACAGCCCUCUUUUUGACUGGUGCAGUAUACAGGUCCUCAAUGGAAGGCAGGUUGGUAGUCAUUGUUUUUUCUGCAGUUCUAAUUAUCUUCUGAAGUCUGUGUCUGUUUUGUUGGGUUGCAGAACCAAACCAGACAGUUAUAGAGGUGCAGAUGACAGACUCAAUCAUUCCUCUGUAGAACUGGAUCAGGCAGAAGCGAUGCUGUUUCUGAAAAUAGCAACUUUUAAACAAUCAUGUAUAUUUAACGGAGAGUCUUCAGCUCUUGAUUGUUUGACCCAAGAGCAAAGAGAGAAGCUUAAUUCCCUUGUCCGAAGCCAAGCGGUGAUGUUUCCACAUAGGGCCUGCCUUUAAGUAAAGGACCUGACCUUUGGCCAACUUUCUUUUUUUUAAAAUAUUAUUGUUUUAUCUAAACAGUAAAAUACAAAACAGAAAAACAAACACAAAACAAAAGCACACAUUCAACCCUAACAACAGCAACAAAAGGGAAAAAAAUGUGUACCAAGAAAGAGGAAAAAGUGAUAAAAUUAAGUUAACGGAGGAAAAUUUCCUUUUUUUCUUUUUCCCUCAUAUAUAUAUGAAGAAAGAAGAAAAAGCGGUAAACAGGUUAAGCUAAACAUUACACUAAUCUUCAGCUCCUUCGGUUAACCAUCUGUUAUUAUAUUUAGCAUGCAGAAAGGGGGUUUACAGUCUCUUAUAAAGCUGUCCAGUCCAUUAGGUUCAUUUUAUCAUAUGUGGUGGUCUUGCAAAUAUAUAAGAUUGCUGUGAUUAUCUUUCUUCCUUCUGUUCGUAACUAUCGUCUUUUGAUGUAUGUCCGACACUUUGUCCAGACUGUUCCUGAAGGCUGUCUCAGAAAAAAUGGCUUAUUGUCACGAACCUAUGCUACAUUAGGUAUAGAAGUGAACAACUUCUCAAGUUUCAGUGCUGCUAAUGCGAUCUGUUGUUAGGUUUUCCCUUUUACAUUAAAAUACAGUAUGUAUUUUACAGUCAGUGAGAGCUGCUAUUUUUGAAACACGAUGUAAUACAUUCUUCCGCCUGCAGAACUGUUUUAACUCUUCGGUUAGAAGGAAAAUGCAUACAAAUCUUUAAAAUAAAAGCACGGUAUGGUGGAUCCCAAUUGGAAAGCCAC